AUGGUUCUGGGUGUGAUUGUGAAAUUCAACCCUUUAGCAAGGACAUCCAUCUCUGGCUGGGCCUCUUACAACAGUGAAGCUACUUCAAUGGUUACGUUUGCUGUGAACCUAUAUGAGACGGUACAGAAGGACAGAGCUGACCUAAACCAGAAAAUGAGGAAAAAGAUAGAAGACAAUCUGUGUGAAAAGGAGGAAAUGAAAACUCGUAUGGAAGAAGCCCUUCUUGCAAAAACAGCGGCAGAUCAGUGUCUGGAGGAUCUUGAAAUUCACUCUUCAGCUGUCAUUGCUCAGCUUCGCAGAGACUUAGAAACUGAGAGGAAUAUUUGUGAAACUGUCAGAGAAGCUUAUGAGCAGCAGUCUUCCUACAAUGAAGAGUUAGACCAAUUUAUUCACAGAGCUCAUUCUAUUUGCUCUGAAGUUGAAGAUGACCGAACCCAGCUCCUGAUGCAGUGUUUUCAGGCCAGGGAACUUAUAUCUCGGUACUGGCGUCUAUUUGUGGUUAUGAAGGAGAAAACCCAGGUUGCUCUUGAGAAGUUUGAUGGAAUCAAGAAUGAAAGGAAUGAUACUAUUUUGCAUAAUAAUGAGAUGUCCAGAUGCCUGGAAGACCUGAAGUCUUUGAAUGAACAGAUGACGUUGGAAAACUCACGUCUGGGUUCAGAGCUGGAAUCUCUGAUGGAACGUGUGUGUAGUCUAGAGGCAGAAAUUGAUCAGUGGAAGGAGGAAAAUUCUGAGCUGGCAGAACAAUUGUCUGCUAGAGACUCAUCUAUGAAGCUACUAGAAAAAGAACUGAAUGAGGCAACCGCAAGAGGCCAGUCAUAUCAAGAUCGCUUCAAGUAUCUAUCUGCAGAGGUUGUGCCCAGCCUUGAACUUAAAUUGUCAGAGGUUUGUGGUCAGAAGAAGUCCUUACAGGCACAGCUGCGUGCUCUAGAAAAGGAACAUGCUUCACAAAUUAACUGCUACACAGAAAGCCUGGAGUUUCUUGAACAGGAGAACAGUGUUUGUCGGGAGCAAGUAGCAGAAACCGAAUCUCAGCUGAAAACCCACCAUCUUAACUUGCUUGAGCGUAACUAUCAGUUUGAAAAUCUGAAGGAUACCAUCAAGGAGCUAGAGAAAGAAGCGAGCGAACUGAAGCAGAAGUUAGCAGAUGCAGAGGACGAAGCUCAGAAUAUGAAGGCAGAAACAGCUAAAGAAAUAUCUAAAGCCUCCUCUGAGUCCUCAAAAAUAAAGGCACAUCUCUUAGAUGUAAUAAGAACUCUGAAGGAAAGCUCCCAGAGAGAGGUAAAAUGUAAUGCCUCUGGACUGCAUACACCAGGUGGGAGUUUCACACUUUCCAACACUUUUACAGAAGAAUUAAUUCAGACAACAAUCUUGAACACAACAGAUUCUGAAGAUCCCAAAGCUGAAGGUAUUUGGAGUGAAACAACUGCCUUCACUGUUGUAAAGUCAGUGGCCUCACCAGCUGCAGGCACUCCAGUGGUAAAUUUGGCAGACAUGAUGCAUGAACUGAGCGGUGUUGUGUCAGACAUUGUUACAGCUGCAUCACGUGCCAUGGACACCAAACAAGAUUUAAUUAGCAACUUGAAGAUGGACAUCUGCUCAUUGAAGAGAAAGCUGCAGACUCAGAGAUACCAGCAUGAAUCUGAUGUGCGUGACCUGCAGGAAGAAAUUGACAAGCUGAGAAAAAGAAAUGUUGUCCUUGAGGAAAAACUUUCCAGUAAGGAAAAGUACAUCGGAGUGCUUCAGGAGUUGGUCGAUCAGCGUGAACAGAAGAUACUUCAGCAGCAAGUCAAAAUGAAUGAGAGCGAGGACCUUGUUGAGGAUAACUCCAAGCUGAAGCUUUCAUUAAAGCAGUGUGAAAGUGAAGUGGAGGUUCUGAAAAGAAUGCUGGCCCAGAAUCCCUCAGACACAGAAAGAAACUGGAUGGAGGAGGUGGUGAUGAUGCAAAAGGAAAUAACUGCACUGAGUUUAAAGCUUUCUGACGCAGAAUAUUCAAAGACUGAAGCUGUACAGAGACUAAUCAGACAUAAGGAUAUUUUGACAGCAAAUCUUGCUCACUCAGAGGCUGAAGUUAAGAAGCUGGAUGGUUUUAUUGAAAAAAUAAGAAAGACUCUGCUUUCCGUUCCAGAUGUUGUAAGCCAAAGUGAUACACUGAGUCAGUUGCGGGAGUUCCUGAGCUAG